UGGUGAAGCUGAGGAAGUGGUGAGGCUGGACGGGCCUGGCCUGGCGGUGCCGUGGCCGAAGAGCGGCAAGCAGGGCUCCUGGAGGAAGGAGAGGAGAGGACGGGGGCAUUUUAACAGAGGCCUAGACCGGGAGGGAAUCUCUCGGCGCCGCCGCCGCCACCACCACGACCGCGAUGCUCAAUAUGUGGAAAGUCAGGGAGCUGGUGGACAAGGCCACCAAUGUGGUUAUGAAUUAUUCAGAAAUUGAGUCUAAGGUUCGAGAAGCAACCAACGAUGAUCCAUGGGGACCUUCAGGGCAACUGAUGGGAGAGAUUGCCAAGGCCACCUUUAUGUAUGAACAGUUUCCAGAACUUAUGAACAUGCUUUGGACACGAAUGCUAAAAGAUAACAAAAAGAACUGGAGGAGAGUUUAUAAGUCUCUGCUGCUCCUAUCUUACCUCAUAAGGAAUGGAUCAGAGCGUGUUGUUACAAGUGCCAGAGAACACAUUUAUGAUUUGCGAUCCCUGGAAAAUUACCACUUUGUAGAUGAGAAUGGCAAAGACCAAGGUAUAAAUAUACGCCAGAAGGUCAAAGAAAUGGUAGAAUUUGCCCAGGAUGACGAUAGACUUCGUGAAGAGAGGAAAAAGGCAAAGAAGAACAAAGAUAAAUACGUUGGGGUUUCUUCAGACAGUGUUGGAGGAUUUAGAUACAGUGAAAGAUAUGAUUCUGAGCCCAAAUCAAAGUGGGAUGAAGAAUGGGAUAAAAACAAAGGCGGGUUUCCAUUCAGUGAUAAACUAGGUGAGCUGAGUGACAAAAUUGGGAGCACAAUUGAUGACACCAUUAGCAAGUUCCGAAGGAAAGACAGAGAGGAUUCUCCAGAAAGAUGCAGUGAUAGUGAUGAGGAGAAGAAAUCUAGAAGAGGUAAAUCAGCAAAAGGCGAAUUCAAAGAUGAAGAGGAGACAGUGACAACAAAACACAUCCAUAUUACGCAAGCUACAGAGACCACCACUACCAGACACAAACGCACAGCAAAUCCUUCCAAAACCAUUGACCUGGGAGCAGCUGCACAUUACACAGGAGACAAAGCAAGUCUGGACCAGAACGCUGCAGCUCACACAACACAGUCUACAGCAAAGGUUCCUGGCAGCAAAUCUAGUGAUCUGGUUGAUCUUUUGUUUGAUGGUGCCGAUCAAUCAGUCUCGACAGGUGGGUCCACUGACCCCUUUGGAGGGUUUGCUGACUUUAGCUCUGCUGCUGCUGCCUCUGCAAGCUGUCCCCCGCCACAAGGUACCGCUGCAAGUGGGAAUGGAGAGUUUGGUGACUGGAGUGCCUUCAACCAAGCCUCUCCAUGCCCUGCUGCUUCAGCUGGAGAGCUCUUUAGUGGUUCUGCUCAGCCAGCUGUUGAACUGUUUGGUGGUUCUGCUCAGCCAAGUCUUGGCCAGCCUCCAGCGGCUUCAAAUUCUGCUGACCUCUUUGAUUUGAUGGGUACCUCCCAAGCCACCAUGACCUCCUCUCAAAGCAUGAAUUUCUCUAUGAUGGGUUCUAACACUGUCAGCAUCAAUCUACCUAUGUCAAGGUCACAGCCUUUGCAAAGUGCUAACCCAAUGAUACAGAAGAAUAAUCCACUUUAUAAUAUGGGCACAGAGAUGGUCCCGAAAAAUGCAAGCAAAACUCUGCCAUCUACUUGGUCAGACCCCAGUGUAAAUAUCAGUUUGGACAAUUUAGUUCCUGGUAUGCAGCCUUCCAAGCCUCAGCAACCAUCACUGAACACAAUGAUUCAACAACAGAAUAUGCAACAACCUAUGAAUGUGAUGACUCAAAAUUUUGCAACCUUGAGCCUCAACUCACCACCCAGCAUUAUGCCUGUUCGACCUCCAGCAAAUCCAUUGCUGGGAGCAGCCGUUCCAGUGGGGAUGGGAAUGCCUGCUGUGAUGACUGGCACAAUGGGGAUGGCUUCCAUGGGAAGCACACCUAUGAUGAACCAAGGCAUGCUGGGAAUGAAUGUGAACAUGGGAAUGCCAGCUGCUGGAAUGGGCUUAUCAGGUUCAAUGGGCAUGGGUGUUCCUAAUAUAGCUGUGGCAUCCGCCAUGACUCCUGGAGCUGUGCAACCUAAGCAAGAUGCCUUUGCAAAUUUUGCCAAUUUUAGCAAAUAAAGAUUGUAAACCAAUCAGAUUGAAUGAAGAAUUUUAGCUGCACAAAUGAAGCUGGGAUGAGGGUUGAAAAUGCUGAUCAAAAAUCUUUUCUUUCUUUUAUCACUUAUUUUAACGGAACCCACAAAAAGAACCCAAAGGUCAUUUUAUAGACUCAGAAACUGCUAUUGUUCAACUUUGGUGAGGUUAAAGAUUCUUCCAAUGGGUCAGAUGGUUGACGUUGCAAUGCCUAGGCCUUGUUUUGUAACAAGACAAUUAAAAGCCUUUCUAGUGGGCAGAAUCAGUUUGAAACUUGUGGUAUAAAAUUUGAGGACUGGGUAAAACUGUGUGAAUCUAAUUUUAUACUUGAUUUAUUUUCUUUCCCCCGCCUCUUGGAAUCUGUUUAUCAUAAUUGGAUCCAGUGUUCCCUCUAACAGGGAUUCCCAGAUAUUGUUGACUACAACUCCCAGAAUCCCCAAGCAAAAGCCAUUGCAGCUGGGGAUUCUGGGAGUUGUAGUCAACAACAUUUGGGAAUCCCUGUUAGAGGGAACACUGAUUGGAUCCAUUCUUUUUCCUACCACUGAGUAGAAUUUGCAGUGAAAGUAUGCUGAUCAAUUUUUUAUAAGAAUAUAUAUUUUUGUCCAAAAAUGGCUUACAUAUGUGAUUAUGGCUAAUUCAAAGGGACCUGGAAUGUAUAUAUACUUUUGCUACUCUUCCAGCAACACUGCUAUACUAUCCAAAAUUUUAUUAUAGACCUCUUUAAGCUAUUUGUCAAUGGAUAGGGUUUGUGGGGAGUUUCCUGCCUCUGCCUGCUGUAAUAUCCAGUGCAGAACUGGUAAAGCUCCUGUAUGGUUUCUUUUCAGAGAACUCUAGAGAAUAUAUAUAUAAAUAUAAAUAUAUACAGUUGGGAUUUGUUUGGGGUGGUUUUUCUGCAGUCCUACAUCUAUGAUAGCUGUCAUGCUUCCUAGCACACUUUGGGGCCACUAUUUUACAUCACUGACAGUCAAAAGGCAAAGGUAAUUAUUUUUUUCUUGCAAGUUCACACACACACACACACACACACACACACACACACACACACACAACCCUAUCCUACAUACUUUAAGUUAAUAAUAAACACCUCUAAACCUCUUGUUAAUCCAGCAGCAUUGGGCUUUAAUUUUAUACAUUGGUGAUGUCAUUUCUCAUGUAAAUAUGGCCUUAGUAACUGCUGAAUUCAAUAGAGCCGAGUGUGCGUGUGUGUGUGUGCGCACCUGUGCAAGUAAUACACACAUACAAAAUAUUUUUAAAGGAAACGUAGCAGAUUGUAUGGAUUAAUGAAAACAAAAGGAAUGAUGAGAGGUUUUUUCCUCCCCUUUUCCUGCUAUAAUUUUGCAUAUAGGUUCACACACAAAUCAUGAUUUUAGUCUGGAAUGCAGAGGUUCAAUUUAUAUUCACAAAGCUGGGGCUGCUAUUGAGAAUACAUAUUAUAUUCUAGGUAUGAAACUUUAUUGCCUCCCCUUUCUUACGUUGGAUUUUUUAUUAUUAAAUUGAUAAAACUUUAUUUCCAUUGUAUUCAUAAUGUUCUGUUAUACAUAACAUUAAAGUGUUCAUUAAAAACAA